ACGUUUUGCGCAGCACAUGUGCGGAAGGAGAACGCCGCGACAUGCCUGAGUGAGAGGCUGCAGCUGGAAGAACACAGACCAACGCACAUCCUCGUCUCUUCUGAAAGGAUCCGGCAGCUGGCGGAGGACGCAGAGGCUCGGUACCGGGACCUAGCUUUGAAAUGGAUCGUCAUGAUAACGAGAUUCUCCCUGGGGAGACUUUGCCUGUGGUGAUAAUUGGCAAUGGCCCGUCAGGGAUCUGUCUGUCAUACCUGCUGUCAGGUUACACCCCCUACCUGUCACCCGAGGCAUCGCACCCCAACCCGCUGCUGCACAGCAAGCUGGAAGAGCAGCCUCACCUGUCGCUGCUUGAGCAGGAUCUGGAGUACCUGUGUGAGGGCCUGGAGGGGCGAUCAUCCAAUCCCGUGGCGGUGCUUUUUGAUUCGCUGCUGCUGCCUGACAGUGACUUCGGAUUGGACCACACCUCUCCGUUGGAAUGGCGAUACGAGCCGGAGCGUGCUAUCCCUCACCUGGUGCUGGGGAAGGGCCCACCUGGAGGAGCCUGGCAUGCUAUGGAGGGCUCCAUGCUGACUCUGAGCCUGGCUAACUGGAUGGAGCUUCCUGGACUCAAACUGAAGGACUGGAUGAGAGACAAACGCAGAAAUGUACGCAACGACCGCGCCACACCAGCCGAGAUCGCGUCGUACUACGAACACUACGUUUCCCAGAUGUCCCUGGAGCAGAGCUUUGCCUGUGGGACCACUGUCACCUCGGUAACCAGGCAGCCUGGGAAGCCGGACGGGUCGCCGGCCUGCUGGAGAGUGACGGGGCUACAGCGGCGAGAGGGGGAGGAGCUUGGAGAUGGUUCCUGUGUUUCUGAGGAGGUGCCUUUCUCCCUGUUGGCCCACAACGUGGUGCUGGCGACGGGCACGCACGACAUCCCGGCCAGGCUCGGCGUGGGGGGCGAGUCCCUGCCCUUCGUCUGCCACUCAUUCUGGGAGCUAGAGGCGGCCAUCACCCGCGGCGAGCUCGACCAGAUGUCCGACCCCCUGCUGGUGGUGGGGGCGGGGCUUACGGCCGCCGACGCGGUGCUGGCUGCCCACCAUCUCAACACACCCGUCUACCACGCCUUCAGGCGGUCGGUCACCGACCCCGGCCUCAUCUUCAACCAGCUGCCUAAACUGCUUUACCCGGAGUACCACAAGGUUCAUCAGAUGAUGACUCAGCAGCAGCACCAGCUGAGCCCUCCAGCUCAGAACCACGCCCAGAACCUCAAUCCCAGCUCCACCCCUUCGUCUCCUUCAUCCCCUUCUCCACCCUCCCCCACCACCACCACCACCACCUCCUCACCCUCCUCCUCCUAUCCGGGUUACCUGAGCUUCCCGCGCCACAGGGUCGUGGCCUUCCGACCCGACCAGAAAUGCGUGCUGGAGUCAGACUCUGGCGAGCAGGCAGUGGUCCAGGUCUCUAAGGCGCUGGUUCUGAUCGGUGCCCAUCCCAACCUUUCCUUUUUGAAGGACAACGGCCGUCCGCUUGGCAUCUACCCAGAGGAACCGAUCACGUGCCGGAGGAACCCAAUCGAAGUGGACCCGUUUACGAACAAGGUGGUGGCGGCGGAAGGGCCGGGCAUGUACGCCAUGGGGCCGCUAGUCGGCGAGAACUUCGUCAGGUUCCUGAAAGGAGGAGCGCUGGCCAUCGCUAGCGACCUCGCCAAGAGACGGAGGGAGGAGCAGGAGAGAGGAGAAGGAAGUCUGGGCACUGACAGAAUCAUGGACAGAUGGGUGGACAGACAGGUGACCACCCAGACAGGCGCAGAGGUGUGUGUUCUGGACUCGUAGCACAAGGUCGAGUGGACUGAAGCAAAACGACCUGCUCGGAUCUGAUCAAGGCCACGCGGAAAAUCACAAAUGCGCUGUAGAGGCAUUAAACGGAACACCUGACGGGACUUCCACUGGUUUCAUAUCUUGUUCGAUCUACUGUAGAAAAAAACCUGUUAGGAUCCAUCAGAAACACAGGUGUUGCCUUUGGAUCAUCAAGUUGUAUCGGUAGAAACGUACAUGUUUCCCACCCGGAAAUCUUUCUGUAUGGUUAGUUUCACCGCGACUGUAGCUACUGUAUGUAAAUAUAUGAAAAUCAGAUUUUAAUGCAGAUUUAUUUUUUACAUGAACUCAUAGCAAUAAAUUUUAAUAAGCGUCCUUUUACUUCCUCAGACCUGUGUGCAUUUUAAAUUUCUCCACGUUAUUUGGGAUCAGUAGGAUGUGAUAAAUACUAAUAUGGUUUAUUCAUAGCUUGUGACUUCUGGUAAAAAUGAUCAAACACGUGUGAUAUCAAGCUACAAACAUUAUGAAGCUUAAACUUCCACACAGUUUAAAGAUUAAUUUUAUUGCCUGAGCUGUUGAAGUUUUCCAUGCCGCCUUCUUGUCUUGAUUAUUGUGUUGCUCUUGUCACCAGUAGAUGGCACUUAAAGGUGUCUACCAAUGAGGACAGUAGAUACAAGUUCAGCAGAAUGCAAUAAAAGGUGCAGCAAACCCAAAAUGUGACUUCCCCAUGUGAGGAUGCAGGGUCCCAGAGGCCAAUAGGACGAGAGAAGGUUAACGCAGAAUUAAGACUGAGAUUAAUUUAGAGGUAGAGUGAAAGAAACUGAGAGCAGCAGGUCAGGUUAGGUCCUCGGCACCCAGAGAGCCUUAAUCACGUCACUGACUUCCAGGCUGAUCGGUCAGCAUCGUAUGUGACCAAGACGCCGCAGCUUUUUAACAGUGAGGAUAAUUAACAUGUUUCCGUAGUUCGUUGGGCCUCCUGUUUAAUGUUGUAACACUACACUGUCCCAAACUGUUAAUUCCUGCUUCUUUCUUUAUAUCAUUUUCUGUGUAUGUGUUUGUACAUGAUGGGUUUUGUGAAUCUGUGGUGCUUUAUUUUUCUACACUAGUGUGAUUAUUACUAUUUUUUUUUAAUCAUGUAACUGUACCUAGCUGGCACCUUUGUACAUCUUUGAUGAUUAUGAAAAUAUUUUAUACUUUACAACAGAGAAAAAAUAUAUCUAAACAUAUUUUUCUAAUUCUUCUCAGUCAAAAUGUUUAAUUUGCAGCUUUUAUAACAUCAGAGUUUGACUUCACUGUAAACCGUAACACUGGUUUUUAAGACCUGUUUGCAUUUGUGUAGUAUUACUAACGGAUGAUAUUUACACAUUAAUGUACCACUUGUGCAAAUUGUAAUAACAGGGAGUCACAUGAGAAUCUUGAUGCUGAAAAUAUAAAAGAUUUUUCCUGA